UCCAUAGUCUCUCCACCACUCCCUCUUCGCCCACCCCAUACGUGUAUACAUACAAUGUACGAGGAUUCCUGGUACAGCGGAUUCGUCUCGCGGGCUGCCAAACCCUCCGCCGCUGCCACCACUGCUGCCGACAAGAACAGGCACCGCCGCCGCGAGUCGCUGCUCAAGCAGCCAAACGACAGCCAAGCUGACGUCGACCGCGUAGGAGGCAUUCAAGACCCUAUUCUAGAAGCAGCAGAAGAUCCCAUCGACGCCCUCAAUCCCGCCCACAACGGCCCGCCGCCUGCCACCGUGGCCCGCCGCGCCAAAUCCUACAGCGACUUUUACGACGUCGUGCGUGCCCACAUUAAGAAGGAGGAGAAGGAAUUGAAGCAGGACAGGGAAUCAAAGUACCCCAAAUCGCGCGACACCAUCGCCGACGAACUGGAAUUUGUUCAAUGGUACAACACCAUUGACGAGGAGCUGCUCAAUGCCAGCCACGAUGAAUACAAGCUCUACCAGAACCAGUUGCGCCUGACCCGGAACCACCUCGAAACCAUAAUAGCAGACACCUCGUCGGCCCUCGAUACCCUUUCGUCUCUCACCGAAGCCUUCAAGGCAGUCGAGUCCCAGACGACGGCAUUCCAGACCCAGUGCGAGGGUUUGAUCCAGGACCAGAAGCGCAUUACAACUCUUGCCGACGGCAUGGAGGAAAAUCUCCGGUACUACCUUUACUUGGAACCCAUCACAAAGCGUCUCAAUGCCCCUGGCGCCGGCAAUAUUGUGCGAGGCAAGGAAUUUACCGAUAUGCUGGCCAAUCUUGACAGUUGUCUAGAAUACAUGCAAUUGCGAACAAAACAUCGCGAAUCAGCCACAUACCGAUCCAGAUAUCGCCUACUGCUGACUCGCGCCCUCACUCUCAUCCGUGUUCACUUCACCAAUGCCCUCCGCGAAAUCGCCGCCGAUGUGUCCAAACGGAUAGCCGACCGCCAGCUCAACGACACAACCAUGUCUGCCCUCCUCUAUGCCAAGUUCCGCGUCGGCGCUCCCGAGUUGAAGCAACUAGGUCUUGAAAUACAGAAGCGUGCUGUUCUACCAGCGGGAGCGGAACCUGGCGCUGAGGCCGAAUACCAAAGCUUGAUGAACGAGCUGUAUCAGAGCUACUCGGCGACCCGCGGACGCCUGAUGCUACCCAUUGUGACCAAAAAAAUUGCAGACACCGCCCAAGCCCCUAGCACCUCCAAAGAUCUGGUUGCCUUCGCCCGGAGUAGCAUCAGCUACAUUCGCGACAUAUGCCUUGAUGAGUCCGAUCUGUGGCGAGAGUGGUUUGAUGGGGACCGCGGCAUGUACGAUUUUCUCGAAUCCAUAUGCGAGCCUUUGUACGACCAACUGCGCCCACGCAUCAUUCACGAGACACAAAUACUCAAGUUGUGCGAAUUAUGUACGCUGAUCCAGACAAGAUACAUGGAGGAGGAAGAUGACGAUGAAGACGAGGAACCUGUCUCGCCCAUAGAGACUCAAAAGCUCGACUUUACUGCCACUGUACACCCUGCGCUCCAAGAUGCGCAGAACCGACUAGUUUUCUUGUCUCUCGCCACAUUGCGUGACGAGAUUGAGAGAUACAAACCCAAACCUGAAGAUCUUGACUAUCCUGCUAAAAACAAGAAGAAUAAGACUGCUCUAUCAGGAUCCAAGUCCCACCAGCCUAUACUCUCAGGAAGGAAGGGACCUCAAAUGGAUGCACCACCCACCGCACAGAUGCCCAAAACACCCACGGUGGUCGAAGAGGAUGAUGCCGACGGGCGAUGGAGCUUCAACACCGAAGCAGCAUUCAAAGAUUGGUACCCCACACUACGCAAAGCGAUAUGGCUUCUCAGCAAGAUUUAUCGUCUUGUUCAUUCUUCCGUCUUUGAUGAUCUUGCCCACCGCAUCGUACACAGCACCACGGCGUCUCUCCGUCAAGCCAGCACCCUCCUUGUCAAAUCGGCCUCCCCAACAGACGCAGCCCUUUUCCUCAUUUCCCACCUACUUCUUCUCAAGCAGCAAAUCGUCGCCUUCGACAUUGAAUUCGUCACCCCGGAAACCGACAUCCACUACGACAUCUCCAGCAUCACAAACACCUUCUGGGAGCUCCGGUCGCGCGGGGGGCUCUUCAACCCCCGCAACCUCGUGGGCCUCCUGAUCCCCAAAGUCGUCGAGAACAUGCUCGACGCCAAAGCAGAAGUCGACACGGUGCUCCGCCAAGCCAUCACGGAUCUGACGACGCAAUUCCAAACGCGCAUGCUGGCGCCCAUCCUCUCCAAGGACGGCGUCACGCCGCUCAAAUCCGUCCCCGUCGACAUCGCCCCGCGCACAACUAAGCUCCGCGAGAACAUUGCACAGCAGACGCCCUUUUUGCGCCAGAAACUCGAUGAGUACGUCGCUGAUGUGCGCACCCGCGAGAUGCUCGUCGCCGCCGUCAUGGAGUCUGUCUCCCACACUUACGAGUCGUGGUACGACACGUGCUACGCGCCCAGCGGCGGGUCUGCUGCCCCCGCGGCCACGGGUCGCAGCGGCAAAGGGAAGGGCAGCGUCGACGGCGUGUGGGAUCCGGAUGUGUUUAGCGAGUGGUGUGUGGAGACUUUCCGCGUUGGUGGUGCUGGUGGGGUCAUGGGACUUGGGAUUGUGGGCGGUGGUCGCGAUGGGGAUGAGUUUGAUGACGACGACGAUGAUGAUGAUGACGAUCGCGAUGAUGGCGAUCGGGGGAGGAGGGCUAGCAUCAGUGUUGCGAGUGCCAAUGCGAGUGUGAGGACCGGCACUGGUACGGGGAUUCGUAUCAACAUGUAG